GGCAGCUCCGCAUCGCCCGCCAUGAGGGCAGCGCUGGCACCCGGCAUCCGCCUGCUCCGAGCCGUGCCCCGCGACAGCCGGUAUCGGGGGCUGACGCUGGUGCUGACCUUCUUCUGCUACACCAGUUACCACCUCUCCAGAAAACCCAUCAGCAUUGUCAAGAGCCAGCUGCACCCCAACUGCACAGCCUUGGGCCCCAGCCCCCACAAUGACUCCAACAGCAGCGCAUGGUGCAGCUGGGCACCCUUCGAUGGGGACAACUACAAGGAGCUUUUUGGGGCCCUGGAUAAUGCCUUCCUGGUGGCCUACGCCAUCGGGAUGUUUAUCAGUGGCAUUUUCGGGGAGCGGCUGCCCCUGCGCUAUUACCUGUCGGGGGGGAUGGUGCUGAGCGGGCUUUUCACCGCGCUCUUCGGCCUCGGCUACUUCUGGGACAUCCACGUCCUCUGGUACUUCAUCAUUGUGCAGGUCUGCAAUGGGCUGGUGCAGACCACCGGCUGGCCCUCCGUCGUAGCCUGCGUUGGGAACUGGUUUGGGAAGGGAAAGAGAGGUUUGAUCAUGGGCAUCUGGAAUUCUCACACCUCUGUUGGCAACACUGGGUCGCUCAUUGCCGGCGUCUGGGUUUCCUCCACCUGGGGCCUCUCCUUUGUCGUGCCCGGCGUCAUCAUCGUUGUUGUGGGCAUCAUCUGCUUCUUCUUCCUUGUGGAAUAUCCCGAGGAUGUUGGCUGCAGUCCACCUCUCCACCAUAUGGCCUCUGAUGAAGAAGAUGCUAGAGGGGUGACAUCCAACCAGAAGGAUCCUGAGGGGAUCAUCCCCAACGAGGGCCCAUUGAGCAUCACAGGCCAGAGCAGUGUGGAUCGCUCCGACAGCCCCAAGGAGGAGCCCGAAGCCAUCAGCUUCCUUGGGGCUCUCCGAAUCCCUGGUGUGGUGGAGUUCUCCCUCUGCCUGCUUUUUGCCAAGCUGGUGAGCUACACCUUCCUCUACUGGUUGCUCUACAUUGUGAACAUUGCUCAUUUCAGUGCCAAGGAGGCCGGUGACCUCUCAACCCUCUUUGACGUCGGGGGCAUUUUAGGGGGGAUCUUUGCCGGCCUCAUCUCCGAAUACACUGGUGGCAGAGCCACCACGUGCUGUGUGAUGCUGGUUGCUGCUGCUCCCAUGCUGUUCCUGUAUAACCAUGUUGGCCAGAAUGGCAUCGGAACAUCAAUAGCAAUGCUGAUCAUCUGCGGUGCCCUGGUUAACGGGCCCUACGCUCUCAUCACCACAGCAGUUUCGGCAGAUUUGGGAACCCACGAGUCUCUCAAAGGCAACUCCAGAGCCCUUUCUACAGUCACAGCCAUCAUCGAUGGGACAGGAUCUGUAGGUGCUGCACUGGGGCCACUGCUGGCAGGGCUCAUCUCACCCACGGGCUGGAAUAAUGUCUUCUACAUGCUGAUAGCAGCUGAUGUCUUGGCUUGCCUGCUCCUCACUCGUGUGGUGGUCAAAGAGGUCCGUGGGUGGUGUGGCUUCAUGGUGAGGAAAAGAGGCUCUAGCGUGCAGCUCACAGAGUCAGUGCUGGAUUGGAAGUAGCUCUGUGUGAAAGACCAAUAAUCUGGGCCUGAUGCUGUGGUUUAAGGAGUUUUGAGCCACCCCGAGCUGAGAGGUCUGAAGGGAAGAGAGAUCCUGGGCCACGCCAGGAGCGUGUGUUGGUCUCGGCAGAGCCGAGGCACAGCCUGGGGGGCUCUUGGGGCCACCGUGGCUCUUCUGGGAGGGAGGCAGCAGCCAGGAGCAGUCGGAGGGUCCUGUUCGGCUGCUUCCCUGGGCCGAUUCUUCACUGUCGGACAUUUUUCUUAA